GCUGUCAAAAGCAGGAAGUGAAGAAUGGAGGUAUAAUGCAAGCGGCUUUCCUCUCAUUGAGCUCAUUUCGCCGCUAUUUAUUUAUUUUAGCACCGUUUGCAGUCCCGGGAGCAUGGAGAGGCGGUGUUAGCGCUCGGUGAGGCACACGGCCUGCUGACCAAGAGGUUACUGGAGCAAAACACAUCCAGUCACGAGCUUCACUAAUGCUGAUGAUCAGUCCCAGAAUGGCUUCAGGAAUGCAAGAGAAACAGUACACGCCAUCUCUGCUUAGUUUUUUCAUUUACAACCCGACGUUUGGCCCGCGGGAAGGAGAGGAAGAAAAGAAAAUUUUAUUUUACCACCCCAGUGAUGUUGAGAAGAACGAGAAGAUCCGUAACGUGGGCCUUUGUGAAGCCAUUGUACAGUUCACCAGGACGUUUUGUCCAACAAAACCAGCAAAAUCCCUGCACACACAAAAGAACCGGCAGUUUUUCUUCGAGCCAGAGGAUAAUUUCUGGAUAGUUAUGGUGGUUCGAAACCCGAUGAUCGAGAAACCAAACAAAGACGGUAAACCUCCAACGGUAGAAUAUCAGGAAGAAGAAAUCCUGGACACGGUCUAUGGCGCAGUGGUAAAGCAGUGCUACAGCAUGUACAAGCUCUUCAAUGGCACAUUUGGCAGAGCAGUGGAGGCUGGCGGUGUGGAGAUGCUCAUUCAGAAGCUUGAAAAGUUCUUCUACAGGUAUCUCCAGACGCUCCACUUGCAGUCGUGCGACCUGCUGGACGUGUUCGGAGGCAUCAGCUUCUUCCCGCUGGAUAAGAUGACCUACCUGAAGAUCCAGUCGUUCGUGAACCGGGUGGAGGAGAGUCUGAGUCUCAUCAAAUACACGGCCUUCCUGUACAACGACCAGCUCAUCUGGAGCGGACUGGAACAGGAUGACAUGCGGAUCCUCUACAAGUACCUGACCACCUCUCUGUUCCCGCGCCACUCGGAGCCGGAGCUGGCCGGCAGAGACUCUCCUCUGAGGCCGGAGGUUGCAGGAAACCUGUUGCACUAUGGGAGGUUCUUGACGGGACCGACUAACCUCAAAGACCCCGAGGCCAAGUUCCGGUUCCCCAAGAUCUUCGUCAGCGCGGAGGACGGGUACGAGGAGCUGCACCUGAUCGUUUAUAAGGCGAUGAGCGCCGCGGCUUGUUUCAUGAUCAAUGCCUCUGUGGAGCUGACCAGGGAGUUCUGCGAGCAGCUGGACGGCUUGGUGGGCCCGCAGCUCACUCUGCUGGCCUCCGAUAUCUGUGAACAGUUCACCAUUAACCGCAGGAUAUCGGGUCCAGAGAAGGAGCCGCAGUUUAAGUUCAUCUACUUCAACCACAUGAACCUGGCGGAGAAGAGCACCAUCCACAUGAGGAAGACGGCCAGCGUCUGCCUCACCUCUGUGCAUCCAGACCUCAUGAAGAUCCUGGGAGACAUCAACUGCGACUUCUCCAGGGUAGAUGAAGAUGAGGAAAUCAUCGUAAAAGCAAUGACAGACUACUGGGUAGUCGGAAAGAAGUCGGACCAGAGAGAACUUUAUGUGAUCCUGAAUCAGAAGAACGCCAAUCUGAUCGAAGUAAACGAGGAAGUUAAAAGGCUUUGUGCAACGCAGUUCAACAACAUUUUCUUCCUGGACUGACGGAGAUUCACCACACUAAGAACUGUCAACACUGCAGGGUAUCAUGACAGCAUCAGCGUAAUGCAAUAAUUGCAUUGUAAAAUAAAAUAAUAAAAAAAAAACAAUAAAAGGCUUUCUCACUAAGUUUUUUUUUUUUUUUUUUAGUUGGCCUAUAAAAAUU